ACACUUCAUUAAAAUUUUUAUGAAUUAAACGAAAACAACGAAAAGUAAUGCAAUUAGUUGUGUUAACUGAAAUUGUAGUUUUUUAAAAUAAAUGUUUGAACAUCAUAAUAACCAAAGGUGGUAUUCAUUAAAAAUAAAUUAUGGCAGAAGAUUUGGACGUUGAGGCUAUGUUAGAAGCACCUUAUAAAAAGGGGGAUCAAGAUAAUACAAAGGACAAAGUGACUAAAGAAAAUGGAUCUAACCGUAAAUCAUCAGGGAAAAGUAAACACCGUUCUCGAUCACGAUCUCGUUCAAAAGAUCAUCGAGAUAAAGAUCGGAAAGAUCGAGACAAAGAUAGAGAGAGAGAGAGAGAUCGCGAUAGAGAAAGAGAUCGUGAUCGUAAACGAAAGUCACGAUCACGUGAAAGGCGCGACCGUGAAAGAGACAGAGAAAGUGACAGAGAUCGCGAAAGGCGUGAUCGUGACAGAGAUCGCGAUAAAAGAAGAAAGAGAUCACUCACCCCUAUCUCACUUCCGCGAGUUCGACUACCAUUUGGUAAAGGCGUUAGCCCUAUUAGCAUUCGAAAUGAUGAAUUAACGCCUGAAGAAAGAGAUGCUCGCACUGUUUUUUGUAUGCAACUUAGUCAACGCAUUCGAGCUCGAGAUUUAGAAGAGUUUUUUUCAAGUGUAGGAAAAGUACAAGAUGUUCGAUUAAUAACAUGUAAUAAAACAAGACGAUUUAAAGGUAUUGCUUAUGUAGAAUUUAAGGACCCUGAAAGUGUUACACUUGCUCUUGGUUUAUCAGGACAAAAAUUGCUUGGAGUUCCUAUAGUAGUACAACAUACUCAAGCAGAAAAAAAUCGUAUGGGGAAUACAAUGCCAAAUUUAAUGCCUAAAGGUCAAACUGGACCAAUGAGAUUAUAUGUCGGUUCUCUUCAUUUUAAUAUUACAGAAGAUAUGCUUAAAGGUAUAUUUGAACCAUUUGGAAAAAUAGACAAUAUUCAAUUAAUAAUGGAUCCAGAAACUGGUAGAAGUAAAGGUUAUGGAUUUUUAACGUUUCGUAAUGCAGAUGAUGCGAAAAAAGCUUUAGAACAACUAAAUGGAUUUGAAUUGGCUGGUAGACCAAUGAAAGUUGGUAAUGUAACGGAACGCACAGAUUUAAUUCAAGGUCCUUCAUUGCUAGAUACAGAUGAACUUGAUCGUAGUGGUAUUGACUUGGGUGCUACUGGAAGACUUCAACUAAUGUUUAAAUUAGCCGAAGGGACUGGUUUAGAGAUUCCACCGGCAGCUGCAAGUGCAUUGAAUAUGGCACCAAUUAUUACUCCACCGCAACCACAACAACAAAUUGCUCCACCCAUUGCAACUCAAUGUUUCAUGCUUUCGAAUAUGUUUGAUCCUCAGAACGAAACAAAUAUUAUAUGGGUUAAAGAAAUACGUGAUGACGUAAUUGAAGAAUGCAACAAACACGGAGGAGUCUUGCAUGUAUAUGUAGAUCAGGCUUCGCCACAAGGAAAUGUUUACGUGAAAUGCCCAUCAAUAGCUACUGCCGUAGCUGCAGUUAAUUCUUUACACGGAAGAUGGUUUGCUGGUCGAGUUAUAACCGCUGCUUACGUGCCUGUUGUCAAUUACCACUCACUGUUUCCAGAUGCAAUGUCUGCAAUUCAAUUACUUAUUCCUAGUGCUCCUCGUCGAGGCAUGUGAUUAUUAAUAAAAAUUUCAUAUUUUUUUUAUAUAUUUUUUUUUUAAUGAAGUGUAA